GACGUUUGACUUUUCAGACAUGAGCUGCAACAACCAAACAUGUGAACGAGUCUGGACCACUUAUUACGCCCAGGUCAUAAUAAUGUGUAAAUACCGAAACUACCCUUGCUAGUGUCGUAGAUUCUCAUGCCCUACCACUCAAAACACACAAAACCUCGUGAAGGAGGAACCCAAUUCCAUCUGGAUCUGGUUCUUGUCUCUCUGUCCUGAUUCGAUCUGAGAGCUCCUACUUUUUGUUUCUCUGCUGAGUGUUUGUGAUUUUGAGGUGAUGUCUCCAUCGGACGAGCGUGAGGCUGUUUUCUCUCUUGAAUCGCCUGAGCUGGAGGAAGACGGCGGCGCCGGAGGAGGAGGAGAGACUGAUUCCGACGAAGAAGCUGUCAUGCCUGAGCCAAACGAUCACGAAUACGAAGAUCUGAAUUCUCCCUUGGUUACCGUCACCGCCAAGUCCUCCUCCGCGGCAACAGACACCGUGACCGUCGCUCUCCCUUCCGGAUCCGCCGUACCUGUCUCCUCCAUUCCCGCUGAUUCCGACCCCAAAUGGCACCGCACGACGGAGAUCGUCCAUCUGAGACCACCACCGCCCCUUGACGACUCCAGGCGCCUUUUCCAGAGGCUGUGGACCGACGAGGACGAGAUAGAGCUCCUCCGCGGGUUCCUCGACUACAUCGCGACCCACCGAGGCACCAGCUCGCACCCUCCCGACACGGCGCCGUUUUACGAGCAGAUCAAGUCCAAGCUUCAGCUCGAGUUCAACAAGAACCAGCUCGUGGAGAAGCUCCGUAGGCUGAAGAAGAAGUACCGUAACGUGAUGAGCAAGUUCAGCUCCGGCAAAGAGGUGGUCUUCAAAAGCUCUCACGAUCAAGCCACUUUCGAUAUCUCUAGGAAGAUUUGGAACCCGACCGGGAAGAUCAUAGGGUUCGAAGAUAACAACGUGAUGGAGUUCGAGGAAACCAAUGGUAAUAAUGCGCAUGUGGAGGUUGAUUCUGAAAACGUGUUGGAGAAGAAAGUGACAGUGAGUAGUGGGUCGAGGAAACGACCUAGGUCGAGGAUAGGGAAGAUAGAUGAAGACAAAGCUGUUUCUCUGUCUGAUGGGCCAGUGCCAAGUGUUAACCUCAACGAGAAUGUGCCUGCCUUUGGUGAGUUCGGUGAUGGAAGGAAUCUAGGAGGGUUGAUAGAAGAGACGGUGAAGAGCUGUGUAUCACCUUUGAUCAAAGAGAUGAUGGAUGGUACAACGGGGAUGAUGAUGGCUGCGGUGGGAGGAUUCCCAGGAGGUGGUGGUGCUCAUGCUAUGGGUGUGUUAAGCCCAAUGCUCAUGCCGUCGGUUAAUCUAGGGGGGUUUGGUGGAGGUAAUGGAGGAGUAGGGGAUGAACGGUGGAGGAGACAGCAGAUUCUUGAGUUGGAAGUGUACUCGAGGAGAUUGGAGUUGGUUCAAGAGCAGAUUAGAGCCACGGUGAAUGAGUUAAAGACAAUGCCUAGUGGAGGAUGAUGGCAUUAGGAAGACUGUAAUGAGGGUUCUUGUAAGAUCUAAGUUAUGAGAAAGAUGAAGAAGAACGUGAAGAUGUGUUGUGAUGUGGUGGUGAGGUGUAGUUAGCAAACUAUAAACUGAUAAUCUUAGUGCUACAUUUCUGAUGGUGAUGAUAUCUUUCUAGUUUUUUUUUUCCUUGAUUGGAAUCUUUUUAGUUUUGUCCAUUAGGGGGGUUGUGUAUAGCCUUUGUAUUAGUCUAUUAGAUUAUAGUUUUUGGUUCUCGCUACUUCAAUAAAAACAAAAAAACUCCUUGUAAAAAUAAGCAAAUAAUUUGUGUGUGAUGCUUAUCUAAUGAACAAUUAACACGUAUUUCUUGGAAUUUGAUA